UUUUGAAACAUUCUUUGUUAUAUGAGAGAAUGGAUUUAUUUAAAGUAAAAGUGUCUAAAUUUGACCCGUCAAAGCCAAUCAUUUGAGACAGAGAUUGAUUUGGGCAGAUAGGAACCUUAAAGUUGUAGAAUCCCCCAGUCCUCAAUCUCGAUAUAACUAACGGAUUUUCGAUUUUUUCAAAACUAGCUUCCAAAUGCGUCUUUGUCCCCCUUUAAUUUAGCAGCAGAACCAAUAAUCAAGAUUCUCUAUAUCGUUUACUCAUCCACCUUUUCCUAAAUAUAUAUAACCUUGUAAAUUCCAAUCUGUUCUAUCCAUUAUUCCUUUCUUUCAUUUCCAUCUUUCUAAAUUCUUGCCUCUAUUUAGCUUUACUGUGUCAUCAAGAUCAUCAUUCCUUCAUGGAGACGAUUGAAUUGAAGGUGGAGAUGGUUGGCUUACACGAUAGAAGAUUGAGGAAGUGCCUGUCAAAACUGAAAGGGAUAGAAAAAGUAGAAGUGGAUGGCGAUUGUCAAAAAGUAGUGGUGACAGGUUAUGUACAUAGAAACAAAAUACUAAAAGCAGUAAGGAGAGCUGGUUUCAAAGCAGACUUCUGGUCUCCACAAAAUGAUCUACUUAAUGCAUAUGCCUAUGGAAGCUUAAGAUUCAACAACUUCAAUUUCUCCUAGAAAUAUCGAUUUUUCCUUUUCUUUUUUUGCCUUUCCAGUUCUCUAUAUAGGAGGAUACACCAAAGAAUAUGUUUUUUGUCUUUCUCAUUUUGCAUUUCUAAACAGAGGUGAUACAGUGGGAAUGGAAGAUACUUAAAUUUAUCAGUUUCUUGA